AUGCCUAACCACACUUCCCCAGCCUCCCUUUCUCAUCUCUGCAGUGAACAGAAUCAUCCAGAUCAUCAACAGCUGAAGAAUGAACAAGAAGAAAUGAUCAAAGAAAGACUUGCUAAAAAUAAAUUGGUUGAAGAAAUGCUGAAAAUGAAAGCAGACCUAGAAGAAGUCCAGAGUGCUCUCCUGAAUAGAGAGAUGGACUGCCUUAGAAUGGCUGAGGAAGUCGAGCGAACCCAGACUUUGGAAUCUAAAGCGUUCCAAGAGAAGGAGCAACUGAGGUCAAAGCUGGAAGAGCUGUAUGAGGAAAAGGAGAGAAUAUUCCAGGAGAUGGAAAUGUUAAGGAAGCAGGUGGAGUGUCUUGCUGAGGAAAACGGGAAGUUGGUCGGUCACCAAAACCUGCAUCAGAAGAUUCAGUACGUGGUGCGGCUGAAGAAGGAGAACGUCAGGCUUGCUGAGGAGACAGAAAAGUUGCGUGCUGAAAGUGUGUUUUUAAAAGAAAAGAAAAGAAAAGGAAUGAGUCUUAAGGAUCUUGGGCAACUACCUACCUAGGCAUCGGCUUUCUGGAGACGUUCCUCUUGCAAAAGCAAGCCCUACCCCAGCACAUUUAACAGCUGAACCAAGGAGUGUAAUUACUAACUGUGUAUGUGGCAUUGGGGGCUGACCUUCAAGUUUCCGAUGCAUGUUCUGCAUCCGUCCUCACCUUGUGGCAGUCGGCAGUCUGCUGUUUCAAAGUUACCAUCCCAUUUCAAAGCUUUGAAUCAACUGUAAAUACUGGGGAAACCUUUUGCCAUUUUAAAAUAAAAAGCCGU